GAAUCUCUUUUCACUUUUUGAAUUUCGCCUUUUGAAUCUUCGUUCUAUUGUUGUUUUAUUGCAAUGUCCGGUCGUGGCGGUGGAGGAAGCCGUGGUGGAAGAGGCCGUGGCCGUGGACAUGAUCCGGGUCACGGUCAACCUUCUCAGCCUUUACCUCGCGGCGGCGGCGGUAGAGGAAGGGGACGUGGAUCAUCUGGUCCUACUGCCUCUUAUACCCCGCCUCCUCCUCAGGCGGCUCCGGUUCGCCAACCACAUCCUCAGGCGGCUCCGGCUCGUCAACCGCCUCCUCAGGCGGCUCCGGCUCGUCAAACCCCUCCUCAGGCGGCUCUAGUUCGUCGAACCCCUCCUCAGUUGGCUCCUGCUCAUCAGCCUUCGUCUAGUGCGGAAUCACUGGGCAAAGAGGUGUCUCAGAAACUUGCAUUGAGUCCUGUGGCUGCAACUACGGCGUCUUCUCUUCCUCCUUCGUCGACAAAGGCGAUUAGUUUCCCGAGACGGCCGGGUUUUGGUACCGUCGGUACAAAAUGCACGGUUAGAGCGAAUCAUUUUCUAGUAGAUGUUGCUUGCAGUGAUCUUCAUCACUACGAUGUUACUAUAACACCGGAGGUAACUUCGAAAAAGGUAAACAGAGACAUUCUGAAGGAGCUUUCUACGACAUACAGGGCUUCCCACCUUGGAAAUCGGCGUGUAGCAUAUGAUGGCAGGAAGAGCUUGUACACUGCUGGGGUUCUCCCGUUUGAGUCCAAGGAGUUUGUAGUUAAAUUACUCGAUACAGAUCGUGGCCAGAGUUCAUCUGCUAGAGCGAGGAGGGAACGACAAUUUAAGGUAGCAAUCAAACUUGCAUCCAAGCCCGACAUACAUUUCCUUAAGGAGUUUUUGAGCAGAAGGCAUUUUGAGUGCCCUCAAGAAACUAUUCAAGUACUUGAUGUUGUUCUUAGGGCUGCCCCAUCGGAGAAAUAUAAUGUAGUUGGAAGGUCAUUUUUCCAUCCGUCAUUAGGUGCAAAAGGGGGGCUUGGUAAUGGAAUUGACUACUGGACAGGAUAUUAUCAGAGUCUUCGACCUACACAGAUGGGUUUAUCACUUAAUAUUGAUGUGUCUGCCCGGUCCUUCUAUGAGCCACUUUUGGUUUCAGAUUUUGUUAUGAAACAUUUCAAUCGUCCUCAAAAUUUGAAAAGGCCUUUGUCUGAUCAAGAUCGUAUUAAAGUGAGAAAGGCCUUAAAAGGAGUGAAAGUUCAACUAACUUACAUGAAGUAUCCCAAAACUUCAAAGAUUGUUGGCAUAUCUAGGGAGCCUAUUAGUCAGCUGAUGUUUUCUCUUGAUGAGAAAAGUACUAAAGUUUCUGUUCCCCAGUAUUUCCGUGAGAAAUACAAUAUUGUGCUUGAACAUACAUACUUGCCUGCCAUUCAAACUGGGUGUGAAGCUAGACCUGUCUACUUGCCGAUGGAGCUUUGUAGGAUUGCUGAGGGACAAAGAUACAUAAAAAAGUUGAAUGAACAACAAGUUCGUCAAUUGUUGAGAGCAACUUGUCAACGUCCAAAUAUUAGGGAGGAAAAUGUUAGAAAGAUGGUCGAAGUUAAUAAUUUUGAGGCAGAUGAGCUUGUUGGUAAAGAAUUUGGAAUUCAUGUUCAGAAAGAACUUGCUUUGAUUAAUGCAAGAGUUUUACCUCCCCCAAUGCUUAAGUACCAUGAUAGUGGAAAAGAACGAAGUGUUAGUCCUGGCUUGGGGUCAUGGAACAUGAUCAAUAAGAAAAUGGUCAAUGGUGGGAGACUGGAUUUCUGGACUUGUGUGAACUUCUCCUCAAAAUUUAUGAAUAUGUCAAACGACUUUUGUUAUGAGCUUGUGAACAUGUGUAACAGCAAAGGAAUGAUGUUUCGUGAGACCGCAUCAAUCCCAAUCCGUUCAGCUCGUUCUGAUAGAAUUGAACAAACUCUCUUGGAUAUUCACCGAGAGUCUGCUGGCAAGAAUACGCCACUUCAGUUGUUGAUAGUAAUCCUACCUGAUCAAACUGGCUCCUAUGGAAAAAUCAAGCGAAUUUGUGAGACUGAGCUAGGUAUUGUUUCACAAUGUUGUAAGCCUGAUAUAGCUUCAAAGUUUAGCAAACAAUAUUUUGAAAACCUUUCUCUCAAGAUUAAUGUCAAGGUUGGGGGUAGAAAUACGGUGCUGAAUGAUGCAAUUCAAAAGAGAAUUCCGCUUGUGAGCGAUAUGCCUACAAUUAUAUUUGGUGCUGAUGUCACUCAUCCUCAGCCUGGAGAGGAUUCGAGUUCUUCUAUUGCUGCGGUAGUUGCUUCCAUGGAUUGGCCUGAAAUAACAAAGUACCGUGGAAUUGUCUCUGCACAGACACAUCGGCAGGAAAUAAUCCAGGACCUCUAUAAAACAACUCAGGAUCCUCAAAAGGGUUUAGUUCAUGGUGGUAUGAUAAGGGAAUUGCUCAUUGCUUUCAGGAGGUCAACCAAUUUAAUACCUGCAAGGAUUAUUUUCUACAGAGAUGGUGUGAGUGAAGGCCAGUUCAGUCAAGUUUUAUUCGAUGAAAUGGAUAAUAUCCGGAAGGCUUGUUCCUCACUCCAGGAAGGAUAUAUGCCACGAGUUACAUUUGUUGUGGUGCAGAAGAGGCAUCAUACGCGCUUAUUCCCUACUGAACGCAACAAAUCUGAUAGGAGUGGCAAUGUCUUGCCAGGUACAGUUGUGGAUACCCACAUUUGUCAUCCCACUGAGUUUGAUUUUUAUCUUAAUAGUCACGCCGGUAUUCAGGGAACCAGUAAACCCACCCAUUAUCAUGUCUUGUAUGAUGAAAAUGGGUUCACUGCAGACCUUAUGCAAAUUCUCACCAACAAUUUGUGUUAUACGUAUGCGAGGUGUACGAAAUCGGUUUCCAUAGUGCCUCCAGCUUAUUAUGCCCAUCUAGCUGCUUUUAGGGCACGAUAUUAUGUAGAGGAAGAGAUGUCGGACAGCGGGUCCACUGGUGGAAGCCGAAAGCCAAAGGACCAGAGUGCGGAUGUUCGUCCCCUGCCCAGCAUCAAGGACAAUGUGAAGGAAGUGAUGUUCUACUGCUGAGUAGGCUGUGUUUUGUUUUUAUUUUGUUUGGGGUUUUCUACAGGAUGGGUUAGCUUGGAAUCACAAACACUCUUGGUGGAUGGUGGUUGGUUUAGUUAUACAAGUACAUGUUAUGAUGUGCAGGCCUUUAAAAAGAUGGGAUGGUUUUGGAGUCAUUUUGCUCAUCCGUGGCGUGUACGUAGAAC